GUCCACGCAGCAGAGUGCAGUGCAAGAGUCACACACACACACACACACACGCACACACACAUUUAUCCACGCACUAGGAGAGAACUCGGCGCUUUGCACGAUGGUUGGCAAGUAGGAGAGGAUUAAAAAAAAGGCCAACACGAAGGGUCCGCACACAGGUGAGGCGAGAGCCAGGACCCUCCAGUCCGUCGGACGCGUUAACGUGCCCUGCUGCUGGACGCCCUCGCCAACGACACAAAGUUCCUCAGUACAAAAUGAGGUUCCUUUGAGAGGAGAACCAAAGAAAAAGGGAAACUGAGAAGACAAAGUAGGGGAGGACAAAAAAAAAGUCUUUGGAGCGAGCGCACCCUGCCUGCUAUUUUGGCUGCAUUGUGGGCAGGGAGUGUCUCGUUUGGGAGUGACAGAAAAGGACUUCCCUUUGCCCCCACUCGCCUGACUGUGUAAAUACUGGAUAUCAAUUAUCCUAAAGCUCUAAGAUUACACUAAAAAGACCCUGCGGAAAGUUUACACCCAACGUAAACUUGCGGUUUCCUGAACCGCUAUACCUCUUCUCGCAGCUCUCAAAUCUUCCUCAAAAUGGAAUGAAGCUUUUUUUAAACUCUCAUUAGCAUUGAAAGCGACACGGGACCGACAACGGCACCCUGUAGAACGGCAGAAGAAUAACAAGCUUUGAUGUUUGUUCCGUUCUGUUGAAUCAGCAUGAAGCCCUUAACCCCAAUUGGAUCCCCGUCCCCUCUGAGGCUGCUUAACAAGGGCCCCGACUACCUGCGCCGGCAGAUUGACGGCGGGAGCCACGGACGCUCCGGUAGCGCCGUGGAAAGGCUGGAAGCGGACAAAGCCAAAUAUGUGAAGAGCCAACAGGUUAUCAACACCAAACAAGAGCCCGUGCUGGUCCCGUGCACCACCCCGCCGCCGCUUCCUCGAAGAGCCUUUGCCAUCCCUGGCAGUUUCAGCCCUCAGCUUCCCCCGCGCCGGUUAUCCAGUACCCCCUUCUCCACUCUGUCCAGAUCCUUCGACUCCAGAGAUGAGAAUGAAAACGACGACUCCAGAAAAGAGAACCGACGAACUUCCGUUGACAUUGAGGCUCACAAUAGGAACAACGCUAACAACGGGAAGCCCCCGAGUCCCAGGACACCGGGACUCCAGACCUUGGUGGCGCCGCACAGCGCCCCCGUGCUUCGAAGGAGCACAGGCAAACGUAUGCUGAGGCCCGACUCGCUCCUCAUUUACCGCCAGAAGAAGGAAUGCAAGAGCCCCAACGGCUCCGGUGUUGGGGAGAACACCAGCAUGGAACUGAAGGGUUACAGUUUUGUCCGUCGCCUCUUCCAGGGCUCUAUGAGGGAAAAGAGCAAUGACAAGAUGGUCAUUGGUGAGGAGAAAACACCCUCACGAGAUGGUGACUCUCGCAUGUCAUGGACGAACGAUAAGAUAACAGAUGGUGGACCAGAGAGCAGGAGGUCCAGUAAGACAGACCAAGAACAUAGUCCAGAACCUAUGCCCAGUCCAGAGUUAAGCUUUACUAAUGACGAGACCAGUGAUAGAUUUACCAAAAGUACCACUGAUGCAGACAACAAUCACUCAAGUCAAGACAAGGAUGAAAAUGACCCCUGGAGACGGGCGUCGCCACCGCCAGCACGCAGGACUAAGCUGCAUGGCUCCAAAUCAGAACUCCGCUGCUCCGUGGCCUCAUCGGACCAGGAACAUUUCUUCGACUUUUGCGGCCUGGAUUUGGACAUGAUCGACCGCCUGGGCAGGCAGAAUUUCCUCUCUGGUGCCAGCUCCAUAGACACCCUCUCGCUGGCGCUUCGCAGCGUCACCGGUGACGAAGGCGGCGGCGGCUCAGAAGCCAGCGAGUUCUCCCGACACUCUGGUGACGGGUUGUUCGAGGACGAGCUGGCCGAGCAGCCUCCCACUGGCGUUUCCAUCAUCGAGAGGAAUGCUCGGGUGAUCAAGUGGCUCUAUGGAUGUAAGAACGCUGCUCGAGAAGGACCCAAAGAGUCGACGGUUUGAUUCAGUAUUGCAGAGUCUGGGAAUUGAGUUUUCUUUGGUUGUUGCUUAUGGGAAAAAUGUUUUUGUUCAAAGACUUCUUGCAGUUAACAAUUAUUUAUGCAUACUAAUCUGUAUAUGGACAGUGGCGUCCUCUCUAUGAGCAGAACUGGAUUCUGAACUGGUUUCUCGGGGCACAUAACUAUAUAAGUGUAUGCUAGUCAUGACACCACAGACACAGAUCGAUUAAAAGUGGAAGAACCACUAAGCUAUUUUUAUCUAAACUGGAAAACUGUGUGAAGUGAACCGUGUGUACCUCAUUCGAAAAUGCCCCAGUUGAGUUUGUGUGUUGCCAUUUUUUUAUAUAUAUAUAUAUUUUUAACUCCUUAAUAAACGCAGGCGUUGGAAUAAACAAGUGGGGUUGUUAAUGCACUGGAGUGGACACGGAGAGAAGAGAUGCACGGUAGCUUUGAUAGCUUGCUUUUGUGUAGACCAGGGGUCACCAACCUUUUUGAAACCAAGAACUACUUCUUGGGUACUGAUUAAUGCGAAGGGCUACCAGUUUGAUACACACUUAAAUAAAUUGCCAGAUAUAAUUUGCUCAAUUUACCUUUAACUCUAUGUUAUUGUUGAUAAUUAAUGAUAUUUGUGGAAACACUGAUCACCUUAAUGAUUUCUCACAAUAAAUAUAUAUAAAAACAGACAAAUAUCCCCCCAAAAAUCGGUAUUUCUGUCUGUCAUUCCUUUGUACAUUAAUUUCCUUCUAUGGAAGGUUUUUUGUAGAGAAUAAAUGAUGAAAAAAAACUUACUUGAACGGUUUAAAAGAGAAUAAAACACGCAAAAAAAUGUCAAUUCAAUUUUGAAACAUGGUUUAUCUUCAAUUACGGUUUAGCUCGGUUGGUAGAGCGGCCGUGCCAGCAACUUGAGGGUUGCAGGUUCGAUCCCCGCUUCAGCCAUCCUAGUCACUGCCGUUGUGUCCUUGGGCAAGACACUUUACCCACCUGCUCCCAGUGCCACCCACACUGGUUUAAAUGUAAAAAUUAGAUAUUGGGUUUCACUAUGUAAAGCGCUUUGAGUCACUAGAGAAAAAGCGCUAUAUAAAUAUAAUUCACUUCACUAAUUCACUUAAAAAUUCAAAAUUCAAUGGAAAAAAAGAAGAGAAAAACUAGCUAAUUCGAAUCUUUUGGGAAAAAAAUUGUAAAGAAUUUAUGGAACAUCAUUAGUAAUUUUUACUGAUUAAGAUUAUUUUUAGAAUUAUGAUGACAUGUUUUAAAUAGGUUAAAAUCCAGUCUGCACUUUGUUAGAAUAUAUAACAAAUUGGACCAAGCUAUAUUUCUAACAAAGACAAAUUAUUAUUUCUUCUAGAUUUUCCAGAACAAAAAUUUUGAAAGAAAUUCAAAAGACUUUGAAAUAAGAUUUCAAUUUGAUUCUACAGAUUUUCUAGAUUUGCCAGAAUAAUUUUUUUUAAUUAUAAUCAUAAGUUUGAAGAAAUAUUUCACAAAUAUUCUUCAUCGAAAAAACUGAAGAUAAAAUGAACAAUUAAAUUAAAAUGUAUUUAUUAUUCUUUACAAUAAGAAAAAUAAAUGUACUUGAAAAUGUAUUUAAAUUGUCAGGAAAGAAGAGGAAGGAAUUUAAAAGGUAAAAAGGUAUUUGUGUUUAAAAAUCCGAAAAUCCUUUUUAAGUUUGUAUUUUUUCUCUAAAAUUGUCUUUCUGAAAGUUAUAAAGUAAAAAAAAUAAAUGAAUUUAUUCAAACAAGUAAAGACCAAGUCUUUCAAAUAUUUUCUUGGAUUUUCAAAUUCUAUUUGAGUUUUGUCUCUCUUAGAAUUAAAAAUGUCCAGCAAAGCGAGACCAGCUUGCUAGUAAAUAAAUACAAUUUAAAAAAAAUAGAGGCAGCUCACUGGUAAGUGCUGCUAUUUGAGUUAUUUUUAGAACAGGCCAGCGGGCGACUCAUCUGCCCGCGGACACCAGGUUGGUGACCCCUGGUGCACACUAUCCAAUAUUUGUUUGCGUAAAUUCAAGCACCACAAACGCUGUGUUCCGUCUUCACUGUUGUACUUGCUGUAAACUAUUAACAACAUUUGUAAAAGACGCAGGGGCUAACAGUAUUUUAUACACUAAAGACCAACAUUGGCUAAAUGUAAAAGAUGCAUGACUGCAGCAGCUGUUCCCUGAUCAGAUGCACGUGGCGGUAAAACCAAACGCUUCACAUCUUUUUUCCACCACAGAGCCUACCUCACUUCAAUCCAUCCAUCACUGACUCAUCACUAUCUCCACCAAAGGUCACUUCUGUAGAAUAGCGCUGAAAUCCAAACUGGGGGUCUUCCCAGCUAUGCAGGGGUUAGACUGAGGGUCUCACUUGUGACCAUCACCCAACCCGGGUUUACAAAAUAAAAUUGACUCGCAGUAAUGUUGAUCAUCUCCAAAUGUUACAUUUGUUUGAUGUCCCCCUUUGAAGGCACAUGUGGAUUGUUUACUCUUGUUAGUUUUUGUUGUUGUUGUUUUUUUUUAACACAUGAAUAUGAGACUUGUUAUUCCAAAGAGAUUUGUUUAUGAUGUACACAGCAAAUAAAUGAAAACAUGACAGAU